CAGUUCGUUCACGCGUUGUGAACGAGACAUUCGGGCUGCUUCCCUCCCCACCCGUAAGGUGGCACCGCACCGCUGCGAGAAUUUCCCCCCAAAGUAGCAGUACUGGGACCCCACUCCCACGUCCAUCCUGUGCUGCAUCCAUGACUUUACACGCCUGGCUGGUGUACAGGCUUGGAUUUAUUUUGGCGCUCUGCUUGACACAAGUGGAGGGUCUGCAGUGCUAUGGCUGCAACAUCAUCCAGGGUCAGAGGUACGUGGACGUGGGCUGCUCCAACCCAGAGGUGCUCACCUGCACCCACUCGCACAAGGGCUUCAAGCAUCGCUUCUGCAUCAAGACAGAGAGCACAGCACUCGGCAUCGUCCUGACCAGUGGCUGUGCCACAUCCAGACACUGCCAACAACAGGAGCUGCCAGGCGUGCGCAUCCAUUGCUGUGACUCGGACCUAUGCAACAGCGCCCCCUCGCGCAGCAAACUACACCACGCAUGCGCGCUGGCCAGCCUGUUGAUGCUAAGGAUGUGGUUGUAGAUGAGAUGCUAAGCAAACUCAAUUUGUAUAUACCUAAAAUCCCAAAAGAAAAACUGUCAUGCACUCACUUGGCAUUCUGAGUUAGAGACGGAAUCAUUUUUAGUGGCAUAAUGUUAAAUGGACUAAAUGAUCAGGUGUUACGUAUAAAACUGGGAUUAAAUUGACUUUCAGGUACAAAGAGGGAUUAGAAUCUAACAGUUUGUGUUUUCAGGAACUGAUUGAUUGACAUUCUAAAUAACAUCUUAAAUAUGUAGUACUUUUUAAGGAAGCACAAUAUCAAUAGCUUCUUUACAAGUUUUAAGUGUAUGAAUUAUUCUACGUUUAAAAACACUAAGACAUUGUCAUUUCAUCAAAAAAACAAACAGAAAAAUAUGAAGUGGCUGUUUGAAUGGUGUUGAAAGACACAUUUUUACUACGAUACUUUUCUAUUGUGCCGCACUGACAUUCACAUUCAAGAGUUAACAAUUUUGAUGUUCUGCCAAAAGUGUAGCACUGGCUUCAACAUGCGCAAGCUGACACAAGCUGGGCUGCACUGUGACCAAGGGCGUAGGUUUGCAUAGGGACGUUAGGGACAUAACACCACCAACUUUUAAGGACGCUCAAAUUGUCCCCACCAAAAUUUUUAGCAACCUUAUUUGCUUUAUAUAAUGACUUCAGUUACAUAGCUCAUUUAAAAUUUCCCAUAAGUUGUAAGCAUAGAAUUGACCCUACAAUUAGUAAAUGAAUUACUUUCAUUGUUCAGACUUACAUUUAACCCUUUUCACUUGCUGAAUGUGCCAGUCCAUUUUUUCCCCCUUAAACGCACGAUUGAUUGGCUGAUGACUAGAACCCCCACAUUCACACAACACCAGCAGAAAUACAUGACGACAUCCCGCCUCCUCUGCCCCAUUCGAAGAGGAAGGAUAUUAGAAGUUUUUUUUUUUCGGCCAGCAGCAGCAGCAGCCACUGUCAGUGAUAUAAAAAGACGUCAAUGUUGUGGAGGUGGGGAACACACCACUAAUUUUGCUACUGAAAUUCCGACCUGCCAGAGUUAGCAUAACACGGAACUGCGUGAACUUGCUAAUCUGUAAAACUCGAGUAGAAAGCUGCUUAAAGAGGUGUUUCUCCACGUUUUCUACUCUUAACGUUAAUUCAACUGUGCAUUUUGUGAAUUUGUACCCUAAUUAAAAUGUAUUUUCUACAUCCUUAAAAAAUAUUUUUAUUUGCAGCCUAUGCACCUGCCUUUUUACCCCCCCCACCCCCCCCCUAAAAAAACAAAACACAACCACUGUAAAUUUACAAUAUAUGGAGCAAGCAUUUUGAAAAAUGACAUUCUCCCAUGAAUUUUUUUCCCCCAAUUUUUAUAUAGGAACUAGCAAAUUUUGAGAAAUGUACCCAAUCUGUUUGGUCUAAUUAAUGUCCCGUCACCAGCAAAAAAGUGUACAUGCAGGUUAUGCUGUUAUAUCGUCCCUACCAAUGUUGAGACCAAACUUACGCCCUUGACUGUGACCCUCACCUAACAAUGUAUUACAAAACUGUCUCUGUUUAAUCAUCCAAGUUAUUUUAGAACCCUGCCAAAUGUAAAGUACUGGUUAAUAUGUUCAAUAAGUUCGGGCGGAAUCAAGCAACUACAGUAUAUGCUUGGGUGGUGCGCUGACAAAGGCACAAUUCAAUAAAUGUUGAUACAGAUCCAAAAAUAGGUGUGGAUGAUGCCAAUGUUGUGUAUGUGUGUGCUGCGAUUGCCUACGGCCAUGUCAGGGUCUGCCCAGAUUCUCUCACUGAAAGUUAAUUUUGUUUCACGAAUACUUACAGAAUAUUUUCAAUGAUUUCGUGUGAUGGAAAGUCUUAUUUUACCCUUAUUCAUUAACGCAAGGCUCAUUGAUUACAUUGACAUUUGCCAUAAAAAGCAGAACUUUUGAAAAAGCUUACGCUUACUUUUACUGUUAGGACAUGCUGUGCAUUUAUUCAUUCAAUUACUAAGCAACUUCAUAUCUAUAUUGAGAUAGGAAGAUAUGUGUUGUUAUUUAUAGGCCACUCAUUUACUUUUUGUCAAAUGAUAUAUGCAUAUAUUUUUUUAGUUUUGUUGUUGUUGUUGUUAAUUCUUGGCAAAGCUCAAGAGAGCACACUGCAUGCGGUUAUACAUGAUUGUAAGAGUCACUGCAUGUCAAA